CAUUCAUUUCCUGCUGGGUUUUAUCUUUCUUCCUUUUCUAAUAUCACUGGAAGAACGCAAAGCAAAAUUAGCUCUACAGCUCUCGUAAAAGCCUUGUCAUUUAGCAAGAAAUCUGUUAGUGACAUUAACUUUGACUUUGAAACUCAUCAAAACGGUUUCAUUAUUGUGUCUAAUUCAGGAAACUAGAGAAAAAGAAAAGAGAGACUGUUUGUCGUCGUAAACGUGUUGCUAGCUAAGAUUAUUGCUCGUCAAGCCCGACAUCUGACUGUCUGAAUACUGCUGCUGUCAAAGACAAACUCAGGGCUGCUGUCAUGGAUCAAAUAGGGAUCACUGCAGAAGGACCAAAGGUGAGUUGGUUUACUAAUUUAGCUAGUCAGUCCGACAUUCUUAACAUGUAAUAUGGCCCUGGUCGUGGCGAAAGCCGAGCCUUAAAAGGCUCGUAUUGGGGAGGACAGAUAACGUCACCUAGUUUUAAAUACACUAAUAAAAAGCAUGCGUUGACGCACACCCAGAGAAUUGUUUUUAGUGUAGAUGUGCUGACUAACGGUGAAUAAACUGUAAGCUAUAAAAACAAAAUAAAGAGAGUCGCACACUCCAUAUGUAUAAACUCCCAGUAAUUUGUUCGGCAAGAAGGCACAGUGAUGCCGAAACGUUGGUGGUUUCUUACCCAAUAAAUUACUGGGAGUUUAUACAUAGUGUGCGACUGUCUUUAUUUUGUUUUUAUAGCAUACCAGUUUUAAAUACAGCCAUAAAUGAAUUGAUCUACUGUAGCUAGCUAACUAAUUAACCAUUUUAUUCAUCAACAACAGGCAACUUUGAUAGCAACUAGCCAACAGGCUGAUAUGCUUCAAACGUUGGCUAAUUCAGAGUAGCUAGCGAACAGUAGCAAGCUAUAGUAAUGUUAGACAAGUCGCGGCAUGUCCCUGACAUGGCUUUUUUGAUUGACAAGAUCGCUAAUAUGUCUAGUGUAGUUAGCUUAGCAUGUCAACUAAUAGGUUAACUACUGCUUCAUUCAAGUAGCUAUUCAAGCACAUAACGAGUACAUCGAUAUGUUAGCAAAGGGAAGCAUCAUGUUGGACUGUAUUGCUAUUAGGUAAUGUGAAUGUGUGGUCCUUCAGAGUCCAUGGGGCGCCACCACUACCAAGGUGGUAUCACCCUGCUCCCUCGCUGACGUCAUGAGCGAGCAGCUGGCCAAGCAACUGGAUGAGGAAAGCAAUGCUUUCCCCGAUUCCCCAGAGUAAGUACCUUAAUAAUAAUAAAACCAUCAAUAUCCCUAUCCUUUAGACCACCGUUCUGUGUUGUCGAUUCUCGUUAAAUUUCAAUUUCACCCUCUUGUCUAGCUGGUGUGUGCUUCAGUGUCAAUUGUAACUCGCACCACACUCACAUUGGGUUAAUGUGGGGGUGUAGGACGGCAUAUUCAUGUCCAAUAUCCUAUAUGUCUCUGUUUUAGUGUCAGUGCUGCUCUGGAUGGCGUUGAGGAGCCAGAAACUGACUGUGAUCUGAUGCUGGCACAGAUGCUGCAGAUGCAGUUUGACAAGGAGUUUGACACCCAGCUGCGCACAGAAGAAAAAAAAUUAAAUGGGGAUAGCAAACGUAAGCCUAUGAACAAGUCCUGUAUUAGAACCAUACAAAGGUUGUGUUCAUUAUACACUGAACGGAAGAAAACAGACUGAAACGGGGAGAGAACAUCUGGACCUUGUCUAAUAAGAAACACUCAUUUUUGUUUACCGUAUCAAAAUGUUUUCAUGUUUUUUCUGUUUUGUACCCUAAUAAACAUGACCAGGUUUCUAGAAGGUGUAAAAAAGAAUGAACAGUAGUGGGAUUAUGAAGAAUUUGAUAGAUGAUUGGUCUUUACUGUUGCAGUGUCCAUCUCCUUUGAGAACUACCGUAUGGUGCACCCUUACGAGGACAGCGACAGCUCCGAGGAUGAAGUUGAUUGGCAAGACACUCGCCACGACCCCUACAAAGCUGGUAAAGUCCAUAUCUUUAUCAUUUUACCCCUAUAUUAGUAUUGUAGCUAGGCCCAAUAUAUCUACUGUAUACACAUAACAGGACAACAUCUUGCUGCAUAGAAUAUUGGUGGCUGUUGCUCUUUUUAUAAUAUUGGUGGCUGUUGAUUGGUGGUUAUUUUAUAUUAAAGCGAUAGUUCAACUUUCUAUAUGAACCCUUUUUUUUUCAAUGUGUUCCAGAUAAGCCCACGACAACUCCAAGAAAAGGCUUUACUGGGAAAGGCAAGAACAUCACUACUAAGCACGAUGAGAUUGUGUGUGGCAGGAAGAAUACUGCACGCAUGGACAAUGUAAGAGUGAUAACAAGUUCACCUUUUGGCUUGGUUCAGCAUUAUUCAAUAGACAGACACAUGGAAAUUGUAUGAGUAGAAAUUUGCAUAAUUAGCAGUUGUCUCCAUUUAGCUUUGAAAUGUGUGGCUUAAUUUGUGUACACACAAUUGUGAACAUAUCCCAAACUGUCAGUCUUUUUGUAAUCUCCCUCUCCGUCUUGUCCUCCCAGUUUGCCCCAGAGAUCAAUGUGGGAGAUGGGCUUGGCAUGGACCUGAAGCUCUCUAACCAGGUGUACAACUCCCUGAAGCAACACUGCUACUCCGAGCAGCGUCGCAGUGCCCGGCUGCAUGAGAAAAAGGAACACUCCACUGCUGUGAGUCUAUGCAAAAGGAGGAAUUGACAAUACAAAUAAGAUUUAGAAAAGAACAACAAAAUGGCCUUAUACCAUGUUCAGAUCUGUACUUUCAUAUAUUUUAAUUAGUGAUUAUUCAAAAAAAAAUUGCUUUCUUUUCUGUCCUUUUGUCAUUCACAGGAACAAGCAGUGGACCCAAAGACCCGUCUGCUCAUGUACAAAAUGGUGAACGCGGGCGUUCUGGAGAACAUCAACGGCUGCAUCAGCACUGGAAAGGAGUCUGUGGUGUUCCACGCAGAUGGGGGAAGGUGAGGGUGACAUCAUGACAAGUUGUGUCGCAAGAACCCACACCUUGAAUUGACUGACCAAAGGUUGAUUGACCCAAGGCGUAAAGGUGUCGUUUAUCACCUGGCCUGAUGAGUCAGAUCAGGAACUGUCGUUGCCUGAGGUUACGGCAUGACAUUUACAUUGUCAUGACAUAAUAGUUGACAGAGACACUAUAAGAGUAGACUUAUUUGCCAUAUUUAGUUAGCCAUAGUUGUAGUAUUUGUUUAAUACGUGUUUAAUCGUUUUUGUAUAGAACUGCUUCCCUAAAUAUCUCUGUUAAUUAAGUUGUAGUUGGUUUCUAAGGUUUUCCAAUACUGUGGUUUUUUCCUCCUCCUAGCAUGGAGGAGAAUGCUGUCCCAGAUGAGUGUGUACUCAAGGUCUUCAAGACCACACUCAAUGAGUUCAAGAACCGCGACAAGUACAUCAAGGACGACUACCGCUUCAAGGAACGCUUCAGCAAGCUGAAUCCCCGCAAGAUCAUCCGCCUGUGGGCUGAGAAAGAGAUGCACAACCUGGCUCGGUGGGUAGUGGUGAUGUCACUUAUAUGGACCAAUUCACAUGAUUUAUCUAAAAACUCAGUUCAAAUAUAUUUUUAUUUUAUUUUUUAUAUCAGAUGAUCAAAUUAUCCACAGCAGAUGGCCGAUCAGAUGGCCAAAAAUGUAGAUGCCAAUUCUCCAACUGUGUUACGGUUCACUCUCUCUUCCCGACUCCAUCAGUAUGAAGAAGGCUGACAUCCCAUGCCCUGAGGUGGUGGUUCUGAAGAAGCACAUCCUGGUGAUGUCGUUCAUUGGCAAGGACCAUGUGCCGGCUCCCAAACUGAAAGAGGCCAUGUUGGGCUCUGAGGACAUGAACAGGGCCUACUAUCAAGUGCUUCAUGUGAGUGCAGCUGCUGUGCCACGAUGCACUAAUGUAGACGUUAUUUAUAUUGUUGUGUAUUUACAUACGUCAUAGUAAUAUCUGGUUGUACACACUAGUUUCAAAGAGAUGAGUAUCCUCAGAACACACCCUUACUGAAAAGUAUAAAUCUGGAACAUUAUGACCCCUGGAUGUGUCUGUCUGUCCUUGCAGCUGAUGCAGCAGUUGUAUCAGGAGUGUAACCUCGUCCACGCUGACCUGAGCGAAUACAACAUGCUGUGGCAUCAGGGGAAGGUAGGCUAUUUAUCAUGUUUGUCUAACCUUUAUUUAUCCAGGUGGGUCAAUCUACAACUUAUUUUUACACCUAAUUCCCCAUGGUGAAUUUAAACUGGAUAUUCAGGCAUGAUAUUUUACCUUCAUUCAGCAUGAGUGAUUUAAUCAUCUUGUUUUAUGUAGGUUUGGCUGAUUGAUGUAAGUCAGUCCAUUGAGCCCAAUCACCCUCACGGCCUUGAGUUCCUGUUCAGGGACUGCAGGAACGUGGCUACGGUAAGUUAGCUCACAGUGAUGCAAGUACUGUAGGUUUAAAUUGCCUGUUACUUACAGCUCACAGUAAAUACUGACUAAAGUCCUGAUUUGCACAACAAGCUCUGUCUCACUGCAGAAUUAGACGUUCAUUCACGUUCUCCAAAUGUCAAAUGUAGAAGUUAAGGGUUAAGUUUAGGCGCUCAUUCCGAAUGGUUAAGGUAAGGGUUAAGGGGUCAGGUACAUUUUGAAUGGCUGAGAUCCUGUAUAUUUAGCUGCCACACCUCAAAACAUACAAUGAGUGCUGGUGGAAACUGAGCGAAAGUCAAAACAAAUAUGUACACUAUUUUUAGAUCGGGUUUCGUAACAGUGACAUGCUGGUGGUUUUAAUAACAAGAUAUCCUUUUUUAUCUCGUCUCUGCAGUUCUUCCAGAAGGGCGGGGUGUCUGAAGCCAUGAAUGCGUACGAGCUCUUCAACGUUGUGUCUGGGCUGCAGCUCAGCGGUGACAGCGAGGCAGACUUCCUUGCCCAGGUCAGAAAACAUUGAGGUCCCUAUAAGGGUAUUAUUUCUCUAGUGGAGAUUCAUGUAGUUGCAUUGAAUUUACAGAAAUAUGUUUUACAGGCAGUUUAAAGUGGGCUCUUGUAUUAUCUAGAGUCCCACACACAGGAAAAUCUAUCAUGCACUGAAGUGCCUUUUUUUUAUACUACACUGAACAAAAACAUAAAAUGUAACAAUUUCAAAGAUUUUACUAAGUUACAGUUCAUAUAAGGAAAUCCGUCAAUUUAAAUAAAUAAAUUAGGCCCUAAUCUAUGGAUUUCACAUGACUGGGAAUACAGAUAUACAUCUGUCGGUCACAGAUACCUUUAAAAAAAAAAAGUAGGGGCGUGGAUCAGAAAACCAGUCACUACCUGGUGUGACCACGAUUUGCCUCAUGCAGCGCGACAUCUCCUUCGCAUAGAGUUGAUCAGGCUGUUGAUUGUGGCCUGUGGAAUGUUGUCCCACUCCUCUUCAAUGGAUGUGCGAACUUGCUGGAUAUUGGAGGGAACUGGAACACGCUGUCGUACACAUCGAUCCAGAGCAUCCCAAACAUGCUCAAUGGGGGACAUGUCUGGUGAGUAUGCAGGCCAUGGAAGGACUGGGACAUUUUCAGCUUCCAGGAAUUGUGUACAGAUCCUUGCGACAUGGGGCCGUGCAUUAUCAUGAGGUGAUGGCGGCGGAUGAAUGGCACGACAAUGGGCCUCAGGAUCUCGUCACGGUAUCUUUGUGCUUUCAAAUUGCCAUCGAUAAAAUGCAGUUGUGUUCGUUGUCCGUAGCUUAUGCCUGCCCAUAACCCCAGCGCCACAAUGGGCACUCUGUUCACAACGUUGACAUCAGCAAACCACUCGCCCACACAACGCAAAACAUGCUCUCUGCCAUCUGCCCGGUACAGUUGAAAUGGGGAUUCAUCCGUGAAGAGCACACCUCCAGUGUGCCAGUUGCCAUCGAAGGUGAGCAUUUGCCCACUGAAGUUGGUUACGACGCCGAACUGCAGUCAGGUCAAGACCCUGGUGAGGAUAACAAGCACCAGAUGAGCUUCCCUGAAACGGUUUCUAACAGUUUGUGCAGACCCACAGUUUCAUCAGCUGUCCGGGUGGCUGGUCUCAGACGGUCCUUCAUGAAAGAAGCCGGAUGUGGAGGUCCUGGGCUGGCGUGGUUACACGUGGUUGUGAGGCCGGUUGGACGCACUGCCAAAUUCUUUAAAACGACGUUGGAGGCAGCUUAUGGUAGAGAAAUGAACAUUCAAUGCUCUGGCAACAGCUCUGGUGGACAUUCCUGCAGUCUGCAUGCCAAUUGCACGCUCCUUCAACUUGAGACUGUGGCAUUGUGUUGUGUGACAAAACGGCACAUUUUAGAGUGGCCUUUUAUUGUCCCCAGCACAAGGUGCACCUGAGUAAUGAUCAUGCUGUUUAAUUAGCUUCUUGAUAUACCACACCUGUCAGGUGGAUGGAAUAUCUUGGCAAAGGAGAAAUGCUCACUAAAAGGGAUGUAAACAAAUGUGUGCACAAGUUGUGCAAAAUGAACUUUCUGUGCGUAUGGAACAUUUCUGGGAUCUUUUAUUUCAGCUCAUGAAACAUGGUACCAACACUUUACAUGUUGCAUUUACAUUUUUGUACAAUUUGACCCUAAUCCAUCAAAUUGUAUAGAUAUAGAACGCUUGUCACAAAGUGCUUACCAGAAACCGGGGAUUAUAAUAUUAACUUUCAUACAGGGGUUGAAUACCUGUAUGCACAUCAUUAAGUUGAUGAGCUACUUUCCUCUACGUCUGUGUGAUUUGUAUUAACACUGUCCUCACUUGUCGUUUCUAGAUCGAGGCACUGGAGAAGAUGAAUGAAGACCAUGUGCAGAGAAGGGGCAAGAAAACAUACGCCUCCAGCACCAGCGACGGAGGGCCUCCCCUAUUACACGACGAGGAUGAUUAACGAUGAGAUGUUAGACACCAUGAUUAGCUCCAUGGAACCUGUUUGGUUGAUUCUGUUUGAGAGAAUGGGCGAGUAAUCCCCCCCACGGUCUUUCACAAUGAGGGACACGAGAGGUCGAAAGGUCACUGCAUCCCAAGAUGGCGUCAUAGGCUACACUGGGGGCAGUGGUCUGAAAAGCCUCCCAUACACCUCCAUGAAAUGUCAACAUCUCAUUCCAUUACUACGGCUGUAGAUGGAAUGGAUGGGGACAUGACGGAUGCAUCUACAUGCCUACACAAUAAUUGCUUUUUAAAUUAGAGGGUAUUCAGCAUUCAUGACAUGAAGUUCUCUUCACAGGUGAACUGAGCUCAAAUGAAAAGAGCUUUGCGUUAUGUUAUAUGAAUGGAACAAAUUGCAAUCCAACAUUUGGUGAAGAGCCCUAGUAGGUGUCAGUAACUAUUUUAAUCAUGAAACUUGCUCUCAUGAAUGAAGACACACAAUUAGUUGUUUGUCAUUGGCUCUGAGAUGCAUUGAGGUCGAUUGACCUUACAAGGGAGCUGUGUUUGUCUGUGCUCUGUAACUGCAAUAGAAUGGUGGAAAUAAAUGGCCAAAA